GGCUUGUUUCUGUCAGUGUACUGACCUUGAGGUUUCCUUGCAUGUUUGGUGAAAUUGUUCGGUUGUCUAAACCAAGUAUUCUAUGGCUGAUGAUGCUUCAGAACAUGAGGCCGGGUCGGAGGGUAGAGAUGCAAUAAAAACAAGAUCGGCCGAGUUCGCAACCAAGUUUAUGAAGGCUGUCGAUGUUUCCAAAGAUGCACUUCAGAGCCCCGUGGUUUGUCGGUUGACGAAAAAUAAAGAGCCGCAAGGAGAAUGUAUACUAGGGCCGCAUUACGGUGCGGGCAUGCCAUCGGCUGUCAAAGAGGUUCUAGAAAAUUCGUUAGUUGAUUCAUCUUGUUGCACACAUGGAGCUAGUUGGUCCACAUGGAGUAUUGAAUUGAGGCUUCCUCAAGUUUGGCCCAAACUGACGCCUGAGUGGACGAAAUGGGUGCCAAGGAUGGAGCAUUUCUUUGGCCAAGAGUGGAAAAAAUAUGGAAUAUAUGAUAGCAUAAAGAUGACUGAGCAGGAGAUUCAAAUGGACCGGCCUCUUCUUGCAGCUAGUUUAUGCUUCUGGUCGUCUGCCACCAACACCAUCAACCUGCCUCUUGGCCCAAUGACCCCUACCUUGUUAGACAUGGCGGCAAUAUUUGGGUUUCGGCCAAAUGGUGUAGCGGUUUGUGCCACUGCCAAAUUUCCGACUUCCUUCCAUGCUAGCUUGAAGCCCAAAACGGUCACAAAUGACAAGAAGGCUAAAGAUGAGGCCGAAGCUAAGGCAAAACAAUUACUCAACUAUAGCACCUUCUAUGCCACACAUGCAGUUGAUGAAGAGGUGACAGAAAAUAGGAGACGACCCCCCAAGCAAUAUGAGCACGCAGCUUUCCUUCUCUACUGGCUUUGUAAGUUUGUAUUUUGUGCCAAAUCCAAUAAGUGCACUUUAGAGUUUACUGGUAUUGCAGAAGCACUAAGUGCGGGUAUGCCCCUAGCUCUUGGACCAUUUGUUCUAGCUCGCCUCUACCGUACUCUGCGCAAUGUGGUGGUUGAUAAUAUGAAUUUAGACAUCGGAGGACCAUUAUGGAUGUUCCAAGUGUGGGUACAAACCUAUUUUCAUCAGCUUCGGCCACCAUGCCCUCCAUUUGUCCCUACCAUGACGCUUGGCCGUCAGAUUAUACCCCUCGGCAUUCAUUCACAUUCGGCCGCGGAGUGCUUUGGUUUCUUCUUUUCAAAGAAAGGCAUGUCCAGGGAUGAGUUUGCCAUAUGUUACAGCCGAGAUCACCCUUCUUGUCUUGCGAUUGACAUAUCAACAUUAUGGGAGAAGAAAUUAGACUUGGAUGUGAUUCUAUCUUGGGGAAGUAUUCUGAUUUCUCGGGACUUGAACUAUGGCCUCAAAGGUACAGUGGGUCGGUAUGGUGUUGAGGUUUAUCUUCCCAAUUUCGUUGCACGUCAGCUUGGCUUCAUACAGAGUUGUCCGGCCUUAUUUCUGAUGUCAAGAAACCACUUCUCGUCAUGGAGAGAUGGGUUCACACGAACUUCUCAGUGUUCGGCCGUUGGUAAGUACUAUGAGGAGCAAUUUGGCAAGUUUGAAAGGUCCGGCCUAAAGCCUCGUUGUCCUGAUCAUAGAGCCACCCCACACUUCCAAACAUGGUGGUCAACUUUUAUCAUGAAAAAUCUUGGAAAGGACUUGGCUGGGACCCAACGCGCUGCAUUACAAGGACUUCUAAACUUGCUAGGCCCCAAUGAAGGUAAUGGUAAGAAGAAAAUACCGGAUGGCAAGUCAAAAUCAACCAAAGGAUCCUCUAAACAAGGACAAACAUCGAAGAAACGUGGCUCAACAUUGGGGUAUACUCAGAAUGCCAAGAAAACAAAGAAAUCAUCGGAUGUGGUGGAGAAUUCAAUCACAAACCCGACAGACACUAUGGUUAGUGAAGACAUAUUUUUUGAGGCUAAUAUGGAUGAUGGCCACGAUGCUUUGGCUGAAAACCAAAAUACGUCUGAAAUUGAGGAUAUGGCCGAAACUGGUGACGCCUCGAUCCAUAACGCGGACUCGGCUGAUAGCGAAGGUUAUUCGGAAGAAGCUCAAUCAGAAAGCGGUGAUCAAGAGAGAGAUGGCCGCAUUGAUCAUUCUUUGCCCCCACUUGAAAACUCCAUGAUUGAGAUUGACAUGGACGACUUGGGUGAGAGCCAACUUCACAACACAACGAGCAUCGGCCAAAAGCUUGCCAUAUCAAACAACUUUUCCAAGGAUGUUGAAGACCCCGAUGCACGUGGCCAAGAAACACUACUUAUCCAUCAGACAUUGGUUCAGGUAGAGGCUUAUGAAGUUCAUGCUCGUUUGGCUGUUGUAAAUUUUAGUCUCUCUCCUUGUCUAGAAGCCCAAAAGGAGUUUGAAGCAGGCGAGAAGUUGAAAAGUGAGUACGAUGACAUUCGCCAGUCCACAGAUCUUGGCCAACUCCAGAAGUUGAAGACUUCUUUGGACGAAGGAAGGCAAAAAGUGCUCGAUCUGAGGAAGCAGUUGGCCGAAGCUGAAAAGCAAGUCAAAGUCACUUCGGCCGCCAUCCGAAGCAUUGUUCCCCAACAAGAUCUCACCAAGUAUAGCUUGAUUCUGUCAUCGGUCAAGUCGUAUAACAAGAAGAGGGGCAUCUUGAAGCGAAAGGUCGACCAAGGUAUGCAAGACUUAGAAGAAGUUAAAGAAGCUCUUCGGUCACUCUUGCCCACUGAUUAG